AUGGGCAUCGCGCAGGGCGUAUUGGGAGCGGAUUUCGGUGAAGACGUUAAGACAUUGGAUCAAGUACUUAUCUCGUCCAAAGCGAUCAUCGUGCGCAAGCCGUUUAGCGGAGAAAAAACAAAAUGGAUCACGCUGACCAACCCUUCCGACAAAACGAUCAUAUUCACCGUGGUGACCACCGGUCCAAAUCUGUUGGCGAACCGGCGAGAAAUGGGAAUCUUGCGAGGGAAGAGGAAAAUACACGUCAGACUUCAGUUGUGCCGAAUGCCAAAAGGAGUCGCCACCUCAGACGUCGAUUGUCUAACCUUUAUCCUAGCUGUCUGGCCGGAAAACGAAGGACCGCUUACGGACGUUGGUCUUUUGAAAGAGAGAAAACUGACACCGAGAGCUAAUCGCGCAAUUGAAGUUCUCGUCGCCUACGUGGCACCGAAAAACGAAGGCACUGCCAGUUCAAAGGAGGGCGAUGUCAGACCAGAUGUAAUUAAAGAAGAAAUGCAGAGCGCUGAUGACCUCUGCGAAGACGGAACGGCAAAUGAGGAAAAAGACAAAAAUGAGGAAAGUGACGAAAACAAUAGUAAGGAGGAGGGAAACGUCAAAGAUGAUAUUCGUACAAACCGGAGUUUGACAGAUGAAGCCGACGGGGACCCAGACGAUGAUAGCGAAGGCGAGGAGAACACCGAUCAACCGGAAGAUGACAAUUAA